GCGAAGGGGCGCCAGCCUUCUUGGCGCAGUCGAGCAAUCAUGCCCUUUGGCACAGCGCUACGGUCGCCACCGGGCUCGGAGCGGGACUUUGCCGCUGGUGCCUACGAGUACGAGCCUGAGCUGCCGCGGCCAAGCAAGCGGACGUCGGCCAAGGCGCCGCCCAUCGCGACGAGCACGACCGCGCUCAUUACCAAGAUCCGCAAGCAGGCCAAAGAGCUCAGCGAGCUCCACGAGGAGCUUGCAACCAAGGACAAGCUCAUCGAGAAGCUGCGUAGCGCCAAAAUGAGCGGGCAGGUCAUCGUGCAAGGUGAGCGCCAGCGAAUCAAGUCGAAGGAGGCCGAGGCCGACGAGUGGAAGCUCAAGUUUGAGCGAGAGCAGAAGCGAUGCGAAGCCGCACUACGGCGCAUCAAGGAUCUCAAAGCCACACUCAACAACUCUUCGUCCUCGCCUGCGACGCCGGCGUCGCCGGCCAAGUCGAUGGCCUCCGAGGCCUCGGACGAUCCGGAGCAGCGCAAUUACAUUCGGAUCCUCGAAGACGCAGUGCGCGUCAAGGCCGACGAGCUUCACAUUAGCGGCCACGCCGAGCUGCUCCUCGUGCUCGCGGAGCUUCGGCAAACAACGUCGACCCAAGCCGAAGCGCUCUUGCUCAAGGAUGCCCGUAUUAGUGAGCUCGAACGCACGCUAUCGAGCCCAGAGGCCGCCUCCACGCAGCAAAGCGACGCGAUCAUCGACUAUGCGCACUCGCUCUCGGACAAGCACAAGACCAUGGCCUCCCACACCAACGAGCUCAGCGAGCAAGUGCAGAAGCUGCGCGAGGACCUCGCCGCGUCCCAAGCCGAGCUGCGCAAGGUCGCCGACCAGUACAAUGCACUCUUGACCGACUACGACGCGACACAAGACGCCUUGGCCGCGGCCAAAAAUGCGCGCUCCGCGAUGGAGCAAAUGCAAAAGAAAAAGAAGCGCGGCUGGCGGAGCUUGAAGCCGCGGCCAACGGCCAAGCAAGUACCCGAAGCCCAGACGCGCGAACGCAGCGCGCAGCAGUCGUUGCACGAUCUCCGCGCGGAGCUCCAGUCGGCCCUUGCCGCCAGAGACGACACCGACCGUCGCAGUGCUCGGGUGCACGAGAGUGUUGCCUACCUGGAACAAGACAACGCCACGCUCCGAGACGAAGUGGCCGCGCUGCGCCAGUCGUACCAGACGCUCCAAGCUGCCAAGACGGCGCUGCAGACCGAGCUGGACGAAAUGCGUGCAUUUGAAGCGUCGUUUGGUGAUCUCUCGGCCGUGCGCAAGGGGUACGCUGAUGUCACCGAGGCCGCGCGCAAGCUCCGCAGUGAUCUGCACACGAUUGACCAGUUUGUGGCGCACGCGACACGGCGUCGUGACGACGACGCGUCGUCGUCGAGCAGCCACGGCGCCUUUCUCGAGUGGUUUCUCGUUGGGGAUCUUGUUGGCCGCGUGUCGCUCCUGGAACAACGCCGCUUGCCGCCACCCUUUCUCGAGCGCCUGCCCAAGCUCGCGGCAUACCUGCACGAGAUCUACAGCAGCGUCACCUGCGUCGUUUCGCACGUGUCGCAGAUGGAGGCGUCCUGGGCGCGGGAAAAGUUCAACCUCGUGGCGGCGCGCGACGCCUUUGAUGCGUCGGCCAACUUGAUUCAGAACGAACUCAGCAUGAUGCACAAUUGGAAUGGACAGCUCCACGACGAAUGCCAGGAGAAGCACCGUCGCCUGGUCGAGAUCGAGCAGCGUCUUAGCGUCGCCGACGCACUUGUGGCCGAAACAAGUGCGCGAUGGAAUGAGCUGCAAGACCAGCACAACGAGUGCCUAGACGCAUGCUUGCAGCUGCGCCUGCAAGUCGAGACGGAUGCGACCCAGAAGGACGUGCAGGAAAACGAGCUGCGCGACCUGAGAGAGCACGUCGCUGAGAUGACGGAGCGUUUGGCGGCGGCAUCGACCAGCACCCAUGCCAUCACACUCGAGCGAGACGAAGCGCGAAGCGCCCUCGAGCAGCUGCGGGCGGCGCACACAACGGCCCAAGGCGACUUGGACCAAGCACGAGCCGCAUACGAGGCGCUGAGCGCGACGUUGGAUCGCCUACGCGUCGAGAAGAUCGACCUCGAAGCCUUGUUGGGCACGCAAACGUCGCGCAUGCACGAGAUCGAGUCGUCUCUGGAAACCACGUCGGCAACCCUUCAAGAGAAGCGCGGGCAGCUCGAGACCACAAAGUCGCAUGUUCAUGCACUUCAGAACGCGAUCUGGGACAUGUACAUUGUGCUCAAGCCGCGGCUACCGGCGAUGACACCGCCACCACGCGACGCACUGGAGGUCGUGCGCGGUCUGCCGACCGCCAUUGACACCCUCGUGGCGGCCGAGGUGAAGGCGUCGUCGUCGGUGGCGCUCAAGCAGUCGCUCUUGCAGCACUGCGAGAGCGUCGAUUACGCCGAGCCAUCGCUCUCGCUCACGCUCAAGAUGCAGCUUUCCGGUGCGCGUGCCGAUGCAUGGGGCUCGCAUCGACCCGAGGCACCAACGGUUGCAGCACCCGAAGAAGAUCGGCGCGCCGCAGUUGCGGCCAGCUUGCGCAAGAAGCUCACGCCCAACGAACUGCAGAGGCUACACGCCAAGCCGCCGCCACCGACAACCAAGACGCCACGAUUGGACUCGCAAGCGCUGGCCGAAGCCUACGUCCAGGAGGCCAAGAACUCGUCGCUCGAGGAGCAGCUGCUGCGCCUGCAUUCGGCCUUUGCCUCGUUUCGCACCGACAUGUAGCGAUUCAAAGACACGAGUAGAGUUGAUACAAACGAUACUUAAGCAGUAUGUGU